UCCAUUGCUGAAUUCCUCGUCAAUUUCAGAUCUUUUUUUAAAGCUGCUGUUCCAUCCUCAUAUCAUUCCCGUAAACUUUCCCAACAUGGCUGCUACAGCUGCUUUGAGAUUGAUUACUACUACUAAGUCCUCUUCCUCAUCCAAUGCUGCUUCAAUUUCUCCCUCUAGCGGUAUAUUCUUGGCUCCUCGAACCUUGUCAUUCUCGGCUUCUGCUCUAUCAGGUGAUAAGCUUGUUUCCAAAACUGUUACUUCUUCCCGGCAAAUGAAACGAACUCCUUUCAUCAUUUCACCGAAAGCAGUUUCCGAUUCUCAAAACUCUCAAACAUGUUUGGACCCCGACGCUAGUAGAAGUGUUUUGGGGAUUAUUUUGGGAGGUGGAGCAGGGACAAGGCUUUACCCACUAACAAAGAAGAGAGCUAAGCCGGCUGUUCCAUUAGGAGCAAAUUAUAGGCUAAUUGAUAUUCCGGUUAGCAAUUGCUUGAACAGUAAUGUAUCAAAAAUCUACGUUCUCACUCAGUUCAAUUCUGCUUCUCUCAAUCGUCACCUUUCCCGUGCAUAUGCUAGUAACAUGGGUGGUUACAAGAACGAAGGGUUCGUCGAAGUUCUUGCAGCUCAGCAGAGUCCUGAGAACCCAAAUUGGUUCCAGGGGACAGCAGAUGCGGUGAGGCAGUAUUUAUGGUUGUUUGAGGAGCAUAAUGUUUUGGAAUUCUUGGUUCUUGCUGGGGACCAUUUGUAUAGAAUGGACUAUGAAAAGUUUAUCCAGGCGCAUAGAGAGACUGAUGCUGAUAUCACUGUAGCUGCAUUGCCCAUGGAUGAAAAACGGGCUACUGCUUUCGGUCUGAUGAAGAUUGAUGAAGAAGGGCGUAUAAUUGAAUUUGCUGAGAAACCGAAAGGGGACCAACUUAAAGCUAUGAAGGUUGAUACAACAAUUUUAGGUCUUGAUGAUGAGAGGGCAAAAGAGAUGCCUUACAUUGCUAGUAUGGGCAUAUAUGUUGUUAGUAAGAAUGUGAUGUUGGAUCUUCUUAGAGAAAAGUUUCCGGGUGCCAAUGAUUUUGGAAGUGAAGUCAUUCCCGGUGCUACUUCCAUUGGGAUGAGGGUGCAAGCUUACCUGUAUGAUGGCUACUGGGAGGACAUUGGUACCAUUGAGGCAUUUUAUAAUGCAAAUCUGGGAAUUACCAAAAAGCCAGUGCCAGAUUUCAGCUUCUAUGACCGAUCGUCUCCAAUCUACACCCAGCCUCGAUAUUUGCCUCCAUCCAAAAUGCUUGAUGCUGAUGUUACAGAUAGUGUUAUUGGUGAGGGCUGUGUGAUUAAGAACUGUAAAAUUCACCAUUCUGUUGUUGGUCUUCGAUCUUGCAUUUCUGAGGGCGCAAUCAUAGAAGAUACCUUACUGAUGGGAGCAGAUUAUUAUGAGACUGAUGCUGACAGAAGGUUUCUUGCUGCAAAGGGAAGCGUUCCAAUUGGUAUUGGAAAGAAUUCGCACAUCAAGAGAGCCAUUAUUGACAAGAAUGCUCGAAUUGGUGACAAUGUGAAGAUCAUUAAUAGUGACAAUGUGCAAGAAACUGCAAGGGAAACGGAUGGAUAUUUCAUAAAGAGUGGGAUUGUGACAGUAAUCAAGGAUGCCUUAAUUCCUAGUGGAACUGUAAUCUAAGGAAGCUUACAUUACCACUGCUUAAGGAUUGGUAUGGCCAUGGAGAACAUUCCAAAGAUCAUGCACUGCCGUUUAGCCCUUAAUGCAAAAAAAAACUAGUGAUAUAUGUAUGCAUGUAUCUGAUGGACUACAAUUAAUGUAAAACCCAUCUUACAGGGAUAAAGGGUUAGAAUUUUGUACCUAUGAAGAAGUAUCUUUUAUUAUUAUAUAUUGAAGAUAGAAGGUGGAAGGGUCUUUACUAUUAUACAA